AUGAAUAAUCAUGUAAUCGAUAAAAAUCAACUACAUUCGAAUUUUUGGUAAAGAGUACAGGAAGAAUAACUUGGUGUUUCAUUCAAAUCUUCCUGGUUAAAUAAAAUUACUGAAGAUGCUGAAAUUUAAUAUGUUAAGGAAUUUAAAGUAUUUGUUAAUUCAUCAUUUAGAAAUAAACAGCAAAAGAAAAAUUUAAACAUAUUCUUCAAGUUCCUUUAAUCGUAACUGAUAAACAAUUUUUGAGAAGACGUAAAACAUUUUAAACUUAUACUAAAAAUGCCACAUUGGAUUUAUAUUAUCUAUAAUUAAAAAAAGCUAAAGGUUUAGGAUAAAGUAUAUCAGAGAAAGCUGAUUACAAUCAAGUAAUCUAAUAAACAAAAAACAACAGAAUUUAAAAUGAAUAUUUGAAUACAUUUAAAAAGAAUUAAGGAGUCAUGUAUAUUAAUAUAUCUUUUAUAGGUAUGAUAAUACAUUAUGGUCAGACAGAUAUUAUAAUGGAAUAAUAUAACAAUCAAGACUUUCAAAUUUAUAAAAAGUCUUAUAACGCAAUAAAUUUAAAGGUAGAGAAGAAUUAUUAACUUAAUUUGAACAAUUCUUUGCUAGUAAAUAAUUGGUACCUACUGCAUAAAAGUCAGUACCUGAAUUAAUUAAAGAAAUCACUAAUGCUUUUGGAGAUGUUCAUCCUCUUAAUACAGAAUAAGAUGAAAAACAAGUUUAUUUAUUUUUUUAAUAAAGGAAGCUCCUUUUAAAGAUAAGUCAUUUGAUUUAUAAAGAAAUGAUCCAGCUCUUACUUUAAAUACUUAACCUUGCAAUCGUUAAUCUACAAUUAGAACUAAUACAGAACCAAGACCUUAAACUCAUCAUAAUUAUUACUCAUAAUAUAGUAAACCAAGUUUUGAUCUUAUGGAUACAAAUACUAGAUGUUCUACUAAUCAAAUUAAACAUAGAAAAUUUAAACAAAAUGCUGUCUCAAAAAUCAAUCACAUUCUUACUUAAGCUGAUGUCUAACUUGGAAAUAAACAAGUUUUUAAGUAAUUCUUAUAAUUAUGUAGAUAAUUACACCAUUUCCAAGAAUAAGAAACUAAUUAAGCUACUCAUCGAUCUGAAGUUAUCAAAGCUAAAGUCUAAAGAGAAUAAUUAAUAAGUGCAUUCUCUACUAGAAACAAUGUUGAUGUCAGAAAAAAGUUUGAAAAAAAAAAAAUAUAUACAGAAAUUAUUUGAAAUGGAAACCUAUUUUUUUAAUCUUGAAAACCA